UCCUAUGUUCUAGGAGGUUAAAAAAUAUUAAUUUUAUUAAAAUUUGCCUCAGGAAUUUGUUAAUAUAAAAUAUAAUUAAAUAACAACUUGAGAAAUGAUUUUGAAAAGACUUUUUUCACCUAAAACUGUAGAUAAUAUAGGCAGAUUAUUAUUGAGAAAUGCUCCAUUAGCUCCAACAAGAAUUAGUAGCCAAUUAUCCACCGAAAAUAUUGAUACAGAGGAUGCAAAUAUAAGUAAAGCAAUGAAAGCCUACCUGGCCAGAGCAAGUGAGCAUGAGGAAUUCAUGAAAAAGGAAAUUCAGGAAUAUCAAAUUGGUAAACGACAUCUUGCUAACAUGAUGGGUGAAGAUCCAGAAACGUUUACCCAGGAGGAUAUUGAUAAUGCAAUUGCUUACCUAUUCCCUUCCGGUUUAUAUGAGAAAAAAGCAAGACCAAUGAUGAAACCUCCAGAAGAGGUGUUCCCUCAAAGGAAAGCCGCUGAAUUUGAUAAAACCGGAAGGCCAUUUCAUUUCCUUUUUUACACAAGUCGUCCCAACUUUUACAAGUUACUAUAUGAUGUAGUGGAACAUAUCGAAGUAGUGAAUAAGUUUGAAGAUGCUAUGUUGAAAAAAGGAAUCCAGCCAGAUCCGAAUGUUACACUUGAUAUAUCUGGGUUUCAAUGGAAGGAUAAGACUGCAGUGGAAUCGUUACUAUUAGAAAGACUAUCAGAUAGAGACUAUGAACAGUUUUUGAACGCCAUUGAAGCACUCCGUAAGCAUCCUUAUGCUUAUUGUGUUAAAGAUUUCAUAUUUAAGUAUUUGAAACCUUUGAUGAACCCUGCUAGUACCUCAGAAGCUCCAAAACCAAAUUAUGAUGAAGAUGGAAGAGCUUACAUCACAGUUUAUGAAUGCAUGAGGAAGAAUGCAAGAGGUAAUGUUACAAUAAGGUCUCCAGGGACAGGAAAAAUUUCUAUCAAUAAUAAAGAUAUAACAUAUUUUGAGGAUGUUCAGUCAAGAGAGCAAAUUCUUUUUCCUUUGCUUUUCACAAAUAUGGUAGGCAGAGUAGAUAUUGAGGCGGAAGUAGAAGGUGGUGGAUAUUCAGGUCAAGCCGGAGCUAUCAGAUGGGGUAUAGCUUGGGGUUUAAGGAGUUUUCUAGAUGACGAGAUGGUGGAAAAAAUGCGUUUAGCUGGUCUGUUGACGAGGGAUUUCCGUACACGGGAGAGGAUGAAACCAGGACAACAAGGUGCAAGGAGAAAGUUCACCUGGAAGAAGCGAUAAGAUUUCACAAUAAAAAUAGAAGAGAAAUUUGAAAAAAAAAAUAAAUCGAAGAAAUUGA